GCGUCUACUGCAAGGUGGAGGCAGUGUCGCGGCCGAUGACCUGCUGUCGGCGGCCCAGCCGUAGGCACUGGGUCCUGGCGGUCUCCGAGAGUUCAGCGGAGGGUGCAGGAGCCAUACGCGGAGGCAGGACAGGACUAAGGGUGGUAGCGAGCGGCGACGGGGGCCGUGCGACGGGGCCUUAGACCGCGGGAGGCCCGUGCUGGGGAGGGGGGGGGGGGCCUGAAGGUCGCCGGAGCCGGGAGCACUGCACGGGACCCGCCCGCCCCAGGCGCGAGCGGCUGGAGGGCUCUGCACGGCCUGGCACUCCAGCUUCCCACAGCGAGUGUGCAGCUGAGCUGGAGCCUAGUUCCUUAGGGACCGACGGACCCUGCUGAAGCCAGGGCUCUUUAUCUGGGAAGAUAGAAACGUGACGUGAUGAGGAGCCGGAGUAACUCAGGGGUCCGCCUGGAUGGCUAUGCUCGGCUAGUGCAUCAGACCAUCCUGUGCCAUCAGAAUCCAGUGACUGGCUUGCUUCCAGCCAGCUAUGAUCAGAAAGAUGCCUGGGUCCGAGAUAAUGUGUAUAGCAUCUUGGCCGUGUGGGGUUUGGGCCUGGCCUAUCGGAAGAAUGCAGACCGGGAUGAGGAUAAGGCAAAAGCAUAUGAACUAGAGCAGAGUGUAGUGAAGCUGAUGAGGGGACUGCUGCAUUGCAUGAUCAGACAGGUGGAUAAAGUAGAAUCCUUCAAGUAUAGUCAGAGCACUAAGGAUAGCCUCCAUGCCAAGUACAACACCAAAACCUGUGCCACCGUAGUGGGUGAUGACCAGUGGGGACACCUGCAGUUGGAUGCUACCUCUGUGUACCUGCUCUUUUUAGCACAAAUGACUGCCUCAGGGCUUCAUAUCAUUCACAGCCUAGAUGAAGUCAAUUUCAUACAGAACCUUGUAUUUUACGUUGAAGCUGCAUAUAAAACUGCUGACUUUGGGAUAUGGGAACGUGGAGACAAGACCAACCAAGGGAUCUCAGAACUGAAUGCCAGUUCAGUUGGAAUGGCGAAGGCAGCUCUGGAAGCAUUAGAUGAACUGGACCUGUUUGGUGUGAAAGGUGGGCCUCAAUCAGUUAUCCAUGUCCUGGCUGAUGAAGUACAACAUUGCCAGUCUAUCCUUAAUUCGCUACUGCCCCGGGCUUCAACAUCCAAAGAGGUUGAUGCUAGUCUACUUUCAGUGAUUUCCUUCCCGGCCUUUGCAGUAGAGGAUAGCCAGUUGGUGGAGCUCACAAAACAAGAAAUCAUCACAAAGCUUCAGGGCCGUUAUGGUUGCUGUCGCUUUCUACGAGAUGGAUAUAAAACUCCUAAAGAGGAUCCCAAUCGUCUCUAUUAUGAACCAGCUGAGCUGAAGCUAUUUGAAAACAUUGAGUGUGAAUGGCCAUUGUUCUGGACAUACUUUAUCCUUGAUGGGAUCUUCAGUGGCAAUGCAGAACAGGUUCUAGAAUAUAGAGAGGCUCUUGAAGCAGUCCUCAUCAAAGGCAAAAAUGGAAUCCCACUUCUGCCAGAGCUGUACAGUGUUCCUCCUGACAGGGUUGAUGAAGAAUAUCAGAAUCCUCACACUGUGGAUCGAGUCCCCAUGGGGAAGUUGCCUCACAUGUGGGGUCAGUCUCUGUACAUUUUAGGAAAUUUGAUGGCAGAGGGAUUUUUAGCUCCUGGAGAAAUUGACCCUCUGAAUCGUAGGUUUUCUACUGUACCAAAGCCAGAUGUUGUGGUUCAAGUCUCCAUUCUAGCUGAAACAGAAGAAAUCAAGGCCAUUUUAAAGGAUAAGGGAAUUGAUGCGGAGACCAUUGCUGAGGUGUACCCCAUCAGAGUACAACCAGCUCGUAUUCUCAGCCACAUUUAUUCCAGCCUAGGAUGCAACAGUAGAAUGAAACUCAGUGGACGACCCUACAGACACAUGGGAGUGCUUGGAACAUCAAAACUCUACGACAUUCGGAAAACUAUCUUUACUUUCACUCCACAGUUUAUAGACCAGCAACAGUUCUACCUGGCUCUGGACAACAAGAUGAUAGUGGAAAUGCUUAGAACAGACCUUUCCUAUCUCUGUAGCCGCUGGAGGAUGACAGGCCAGCCCACCAUCACCUUCCCCAUCUCACACACCAUGCUUGAUGAAGAUGGAACAAGCUUGAACUCAAGCAUCCUGGCAGCACUUCAAAAAAUGCAGGAUGGCUAUUUUGGUGGGGCAAGGAUUCAAACAGGCAAAUUGUCAGAGUUUUUAACAACAUCUUGCUGCACACACUUGAGCUUCAUGGACCCUGGACCUGAGGGUAAGCUGUACAGUGAAGAUUAUGAUGACAACUAUGACGAGCUGGAAUCAGGCGACUGGAUGAAUGGCUAUGAUUCAACCAGUAAUGAUGUUCACAUGUAUCUUCCUACGAAGUUAUUUCAGCCUUCCUGGCCUUCAUUCAACUUACUUGACUCAACUCAUCCCUCACAGGAGGACCAGGUUCCCUCCGUUCGUGUGGAAAUACAUCUUCCUAGAGACCAGUCAGGGGAGGUGGACUUCAAAGCGCUAGUUUUACAGUUGAAGGAGACCUCAAGUUUACAAGAACAAGCUGAUAUCCUCUACAUGCUGUAUACUAUGAAAGGACCUGACUGGGACACUGAAAUGUAUGAUGAAGGGAGUGCUACAGUCAGAGAGCUUCUUAUUGAACUGUAUGUCAGAGUUGGGGAAAUUCGUCACUGGGGCCUGAUCCGAUACAUCUCUGGGAUCUUAAGGAAGAAAGUGGAAGCACUUGAUGAGGCCUGCACAGACCUUCUCUCCCACCAGAAACACUUAACAGUGGGACUCCCUCCAGAACCUCGAGAAAAGACCAUCUCUGCACCUCUGCCCUAUGAGGCGCUUACUCAGCUAAUAGAUGAAGCCAGUGAAGGGGACAUGAGCAUUUCGAUCCUUACACAGGAAAUAAUGGUAUAUCUAGCCAUGUAUAUGCGAACUCAGCCUGGCCUGUUUGCUGAAAUGUUUCGACUUCGAAUUGGUCUGAUCAUACAAGUUAUGGCAACAGAACUGGCCCACUCCCUUCGAUGCUCAGCUGAGGAAGCCACAGAAGGCCUGAUGAAUCUCAGCCCUUCAGCCAUGAAGAACCUCCUGCAUCACAUUCUCAGUGGCAAGGAGUUUGGAGUGGAACGAAGUGUUCGUCCCACUGAUUCAAAUGUCAGUCCUGCUAUUUCUAUCCACGAGAUUGGUGCUGUUGGAGCAACCAAAACGGAACGUACUGGGAUCAUGCAGUUAAAAAGUGAGAUAAAGCAGGUGGAAUUUCAUAGACUGUCUAUCUCAGCAGAGAGUCAGUCCAAUGGUGGUCAUCCCCUGGGUAUAGAUUUGAUGUCACCAUCUAUUCUGUCACCUGGAACCUCUGAGACUCCAACUAGUGGGUCCUUUCCCAGUGCAUAUGGUCAACAGACAUCUAAAGAUAGUCGUCAAGGUCAAUGGCAACGCCGAAGAAGGCUGGAUGGAGCACUGAAUAGAGUCCCAAUUGGAUUUUAUCAAAAAGUAUGGAAGGUUUUGCAGAAGUGUCAUGGACUUUCUGUGGAAGGUUUUGUUCUUCCUUCUUCAACUACCAAGGAGAUGACUCCAGGCGAGAUUAAAUUCUCUGUUCAUGUGGAGUCUGUCCUGAAUCGUGUACCUCAGCCAGAGUACCGCCAGCUUCUGGUUGAAGCUAUCCUUGUCCUCACCAUGCUGGCAGACAUUGAAAUUCAUAGCAUUGGAAGCAUCAUUGCUGUGGAAAAAAUAGUGCAUAUUGCCAAUGACUUGUUCCUUCAAGAACAGAAAACCCUCGGCGCAGAUGACAUCAUGUUGGCAAAGGAUCCUGCAUCUGGCAUCUGUACUCUUCUGUAUGACAGUGCACCUAGUGGCAGGUUUGGCACCAUGACCUACCUCUCCAAGGCAGCUGCCACCUACGUGCAGGAGUUCCUGCCACACAGCAUCUGUGCCAUGCAGUGAGGGCUUUGGGUCCGGGCUGCUAGGAGUCUUUUGACAGCUGGUCCCUGCCUCAGUUAAUUGUGCAUGGAACUGAAAUGUUAUUGCCUGAUCACUCCUAUCCUGCCCCCUUCUAUCCCAUCCCUACCAAGAAGAGAGAACUUUUCAGAUAAACUAACUGCUUUUGCAUAUGGUCAACCAGGCCUUUCAUUAUUGGCUUUAAUUCUUUCAUGGUUCAUAAAAGUUUGCAUGUGGUUUUUUUUUCCUCCGGAUCUGUUACCAACUUCGUUUUCUAACUCCUGUUUGGGGAGCAGGUCUUAAUAACAACUUAUUCCUAAAGUCUGUGUUUUCUUGUGUGUGGUUUUAUUGUGUGUAUGAGUGGUAGAUCCUUUGGGGCAUUAUUUCAAGUGAGUAAACCCUAAAUUGUUGGAUUUUAUGCUGCCAUAAAUUGGAAAUAUUCAUUUUAAGUGCCUUUUCUUGGGAAAAGAGAGUACCAGAUGAUAGUUUCCUUCUUUACUCACAGCUUACCUCACACUAAGUGAUGAAAUAGUUUCUGUGUAGAAUUAUUGUCUCUAUUGUUGCCCUCUCUGUAUCUGCACAUACAAUGCCUACUCUCACUCUGAUGAAAUAUCGAAAAAUGCAAAUGCAGCAUGUAUAUUUAAGGAUUUCUGUAUUAACAUUUGAAAUCACAUUUUAUGAAGAUUGCUGAUACUCAGAGAUACAUUUGCAGUGGAAAAAUGCAGAAUAAGCCAGAGAAAUGGAGCCAGGGGCCCAAUUCCAGAGAGGAGGAGAAAGAAAAGAUGCCUGGGCAGUGUCUUAUACAUAGGGAGUAGAGAGGGAUUCAGAGGGGGGUUAGUUCCCUGAAGACUGCCUUGUGCACCUUAUCCUUGCAUCUGAAGAAUGAGCUGACACACAACACAGAGAAGAAUUGAAGCCGCUGUCUUUGGCAAAGAGAAAAUCAGCAGUCCAGUCUACAGCUGCUCUGCCGAGCACCUCUUUGCUUAUGCUCUUGGUCUCUGUCUCACUCACCUACUCACGUCCUACCACAUCCAGCCACACCCCCUAUCUCUCUGCCCUCCUCCGUCUAUUCUUAAAUUCGUUCCCUUAUAUUUUCACUUCCUAAGUCUAGUGUUCAUACCCCUGUGUAUCUUGGUAUCUGUGGGCAUAUAUCUGUUUCUUGUAAAUGUGUGUGUGUGUGUGUGUGUGUGUGUGUGUGUGUGUGUGUGUGUGUGUGUGUGUGUGUGUGUGUGUGUGUGUGAGUACAUAUGGGAAUUUUUCUGAAUGUAAGUACUUUUGAUAUAUAUGUCUGUACACCUAUUUGUAUCUACAUUUGACGGACUGAGUAUGUAAAUAUGAGUGUUGCAUGUGAGAGAAGGAGUGUGAUCUCAAGAUGACACACAAAGGGUAAUGGGAGAAUACCUUCAGUCCUCUCCCCUGGUCCCACGAAUAGGUAGCCUUCCUUGACAAAUGUGUCUCCUAACUUUCCUUCUUCCAAUUUGUGGGUAGAGACUCUGCUCAUUUCCCUGUUUGUACUCAGAUAAUUUCUUACUUUAAUCCUCUCUUUUCCCUCAAGUUUUUAAGGUUUUUCCCCCAAGAACGGGAAUAAGGAAGUUGGGGAUGGGAGAGUCUCUAAAUAAUUCUUACAGAAUGAGUGACAGUCUUAUGAGGACACUAAAUAAGUGAGCACAGUAGGGUGAUAGAAAACAGAUGGUGGAAACAAAGAGAGGAUGGCCAACCUUUUCAGUACCUCCCUCAGAACAAAUGGAGACAUACAGUAAGUAGCUUUCUGUGUACAUGAUUUUCUGGCACUUUUAAAGAAAAUCUACAAGCUGUUCUAAAACUGUUUGUCUUUUUACUGGCUGUAAGUGUACCCCAUUCACAGAGAGUACAUCUGGUGUACCAGAAGUGAAAGCCACCAGUCCUGCCCACACUCAUUAGCCUGAACUGACACUGAUGACUGCAUUUCUCUGGGUUUGCUAAAAUGUCUGUCACUAUGAUCCCCAUACAGUUGUAUUUAAAUUGUAAAUCAACUUUUUAGAAAACUCUACUUGUAUUUUGUUCAUUUUAAGUGUGAGACUAAAAAGAUAUGUUAGAUUUUUUUAAAGCACUUAUGUUUUGAAAAUAGAAUAAAGAAUAAGAAUUUCCAAUUAAA